AUGUCUUCCGAUUCAGAACCGCCUCCGUCCGGCCAAACGCCUGCUGCGGCCGCUGCUGCUGCGUCAAACGCCGUUGUUGACAUGGACAUGGACUCGGACAAUGUCCCGCACAACUCCGUCGAGGUGCCGUCGACGCCAUUGGGCGCGGCCAUGGGCGCCGAGACGGUCAUCCCCGCAUCGCAGGAGACCAUUCUGUCCACUGAAGGCCCCGGGUCGCCCAUGGACGCCGACGAGUCGUUCCGCACGGAGCUCAACGACCACGAAGACGAGAACCUUGACGUCGAGGUCGAGACUGCUAUUCCUUCCAUGAUUCCCUCCUCUCUCACGCCGCCUCCCUCGUCACAACACCGCGCAGAGCUCGCACAGCAGCAACGGCAUCCUCUUCCGCGGCGCCAGCCUCCGUCCCACUCCCCCUCGACCGCCGCCGUCAACGGCAACCAUGUCUCCAGUGCCGUGUCCCAGUCCUCCGCCAUCCCCUCCCCGCCCGGUACCGGUCUCACCUCGGUCGCACAAGCGCGACGUGACGCUGCAGCGGCCGCCGCUCUCGGCCUGGGCCCCGCUGCUUCGUCUGCUGCGGCGGCUGUUGCUGCUGCUGCUGCUGCCGCCGCCGUUGCGGGUAACUCGUCACCGCUGCUGGGCGGCGCCACUGAUUUCGUCCCGCCCACACCAGCGCAGAUUGCCGAUGCGACCCCCGACGAGCUCCGCGCCAUGCUGCAGGCCAGCUUGGCGGAGCACACACGCCUCAAGACGGAGACGGCGCACCACAAACUGCAGUACAACUUGUUGACGCUGCAGGCCGACGAAGACGCCAAGCGCGCAGCCGUUGAGCACGAGAUGACACGGCGCGAGGUCGAGGCUCUGCGCGCGGCGGACAGGGCGCGCCAGGCACGCCGCGACCUGAGCACGAGCAGCGCCACGGAGACGUCCGAAGCCAAGUACCGCCAGCUGAAGACGUGGUACGACGAGGCCGCGGAAGAGAACGAGUUGCUGCAGAAGCGGGUGAAGCUGGCCAAGCGGGUGAUCCAGCAAAAGGAAGAGGAGAUGGCCGGGCUUGUCGACGAGAAGGAGCUGUUGCUCAACCGGCUGCGCGAGAACCGCGAGCACUUCCACCUCCUCUGCAGCCCUGGCGGUCUGUUUCACGGCGCCAUGACGCCCAAGCCGCACAGCUCCCCUGUCCACGCGCGGACCACACCCUACCAGACCCCCAAGCGCGGCACCGCGACCACGGCCGCACCGGCGACGUCGACGUCGACGUCGACCGCCACCUCCAGCCACGCCAACCACGCCAGCGCCGAACCGUUUGCGGCGCUGCUGCAGGCGCUGAACCAGGAAAACAACAGCGCGCCCAACACGCCGUUGACGGGCCACUGCCCGCCGCCACGACAUGUCGCCAAGCACGUGCGCAAUGUGCAGUCUCUGUCCUCGCUGCCGACCACACCGACGUCGCGCCCCCGCGGCGGCGAGUACGCGGGUCUGCUGCCGUCGGUCGACCUGGUGCCGCAGACGGAGCCGCCGCCGGCGCGGUCGGGCGGUGUGGGCCAUGGCCACAGCCACAGCGUGAGCCAUUCCCACAGCCAGGGCUUCACGACGAGCGCCAGCGGCCGCUACUUCCCCGAGACCCCGACACGCCCACGACACCGCCUGCCUGGCCACCCAGGCGCUGCCGGCGCACCUGCAGGUGGCCGCCGCAGUCGCGAGAGCACCAUUUCGGUAGACGAGGAUGCGCAUGGCAGUCACAGCCACAGUCACAGCAAUACGCUUGGCCAUGGGCCCGGUGGCUCCAGUGGCUCCAGUGGCCGUGUGCUGAGUGGCAACGAGGACAUUGCCCGGCAGGCCCUGGAGAGCGUGGCACGGACGACGACGCAGUCGUUCCCGCCGCCGUCGUUUGGCACGUCGCGGUCCGCGCGUCCCCUGGACCGGUCGACGUCGUCGAGCUCGGGAACGGCCGCGGACGAGCACGUGUUUGAGAGCCAGGCGAGCCAGGCGGCGUCGGCGAUGCUGCGGCGGGAUGCGCGCGAGAGUUUUGAAGUGGCGGCCGCCCGCGAGGCGUCCCGAGAACGAGAGGCUGCUGGUGGUAGUAGCGGCAGCAAAAUGCAGGCGAAGCUGUUUGGCGGCGUCAACAAGGCCGGCCACGGCCCGGGCGCGGUCGACAAGCGCAAGUUCAGCGGCGCGCAGCAUCCGACGCACGCGUCUGCGCACGGUGCGGAACACGAGCACCACCACGGCCUCGGGGACGACCGCCACGGCAGCGCCCACCCGCAGGCCAGCCCGACCAAGAAGGUGCGCGUCGUGCCGUCGCUGCGGGACACGACCGACAGCUACCGGCACCACCACCACCACCACCACCACCAGAGCUACCAGCACCCGUCGGCGGCGCAGGACCCGGACCGCGUCGGCCUGGGCAUUCGAUAUGAUUAA